UCCCAGAUGGAGAACAAGUUUUUAUCGCUGGUUUGUGUGGGUAUAAAACAUUAACUGAUUGAGUUAUGACAUACAAGCUCUGCAUACUCCUUUGUUUCUUGCUAAUGAUUCAGUCUCCGAGCAGUGUGAACAUCUUACUUUGAGUCUUGUGGACAGACGUUACAUCCGACAAACUUGGUCCUGUACAGGGGAGACCACUGUCAACAAUGUCUGGUCAUCCGUCGUCUGCUCAGGGACAGCGACCUAAAAGACGAGGUGGUAGACAGAGUUGUAGAGGCGGUGGCCGGGUGCAGGUUUACCUACACGCUGUGACUGAUAAACAUGCGGCACUACUUACAGAUACAGUGAACACACGCCCCCUGGAUGAGGUAAAACAAAAUACAGGCGCUGAUGUAGAGUUUCACCCCAAACCCUCAUCUGGUAUGAAGAUUAUUAUCAUCCGCGGUCUUCCUUCUCAGAUCGGUGCGGCAGUCAGACUCAUCAGCCAGAAGACUGGUUCAAAGACUGGUGUUGACACAGGAAGCAUUACCAGACCAGGCCCAGACAUUCUGGCUACAGUGGGUUGAGGCCGCGUUCCCUCAUCUCGACUCUCGCGCCUACUUCCUGCCUCCUGUCUACGUCCACCG